GACUGCCCUAUAGCAGAUAUACUGCUACAGAGCGGCACCUGUGUGCACAAUCACGUAUAUAUAUGUAAUUUUGCAGUUCUGGGUAGGGGCCCGCGCCGCCGUUUGCGGCCACAGAUGUCAAUCACUGAGUCCCGGCCGGUAGUUACCCGCCAGCGCCCGGUGAUUACAGAGCAUCUCCGACGGGGAGGAAGAUUGUUUUGUUUACAAGCAAUCUUCCUCCCUGUCAGCUUGAGCACACUGCUCAGGAUGGCUGUGCACAGUACAGCUAUCCCGAUCAGUGUGCUUACAGUGAAGAACACCCCCCCCGCCCCCUGUUAAAGCACACAGUUAACCCUUUGAUCGCCCCUCACAUUAACCCUUUCCUGCUC